AACCAUGCUCCUGUGAGUCCACGUACUGAGUGACCACACUAAAAACAAAGACGACAUCGAUGAUACACGACCAAGUGCAGUGCAGAAAGAACCUUUUCUUUUCGCAGUAUACCUCCUAGUUUUUUUCUUGUACAAACUGCGGCUUUGUGUAACUUUUCAAGAUGGGGAUGACCUCGGUAAUAACUGUCUUCAUGUGGAGCGUGGUUUUGUUUACGGUUCCCGAAUCAGUCGAAGGUGAUGCUACACUAGAGAUGCGCCUUAGUACAUACACUGGAGACGACCGGGAUUUCGAUAAUAACUGCUGUGAUAUUUGCAGAUUCUUCGGUAGCGAUUAUUGUGAUAUCGGCUUUGAUAUAUCUAUCAACAACGUCGGUGGUACUCCAAUCUAUGUUGUAUCAACGGGACGUAUAGCGAGUGAUAGGGAGUCCGUUACGUUUGGUUCCACGGUCGGUUCGUCGCCUAAUCCAAUAGUGAUGACGUUCUCGUCUUGGCCGUGGAGGGUAAAGCUGGAUCUUACCGUGUACGAUGACGAUUCUGACUUAUUGAUAGGCAGCGAGCCAGAACUUGUUGAUACGUACGACACAACUAUCACCCAUGUCCCGGACGCCAAUAGUUCAGUGGCUGUGACUCAUUACUACUCUGAGAGCGGUACAAGGACCGUCAAUCCCACCACAUUGACUUUUGAAAUAAAGGUGUACUGCAACAGUGAUUACUACGGAAGUGAUUGCGUCACCUACUGUCUAGCCACCGACGGUCUAUUAGGCCACUAUACCUGUGAUCCCCUGACAGGAGAAAAGGUGUGCAUGGAUGGGUAUGAAGACCCUGCAACCAACUGCAUCACAGAAACGGACGAAUGUCUCAGCUCACCGUGUCAGAACGACGGAACGUGCGUGGAUAUGCUUAACGGUUACACCUGUGUCUGUGUGAAUGGUUUUGAGGGUACACUGUGUGACACAAACACUGAUGAAUGCGUCAGCAACCCAUGUCAAAACGACGCAACUUGUCAAGAUGAAGUCAACGGUUACACCUGUGUCUGUGUGAAUGGUUUUGAUGGUACACUGUGUGACACAAACACUGAUGAAUGCGUCAGCAACCCAUGUCAAAACGACGCAACUUGUCAAGAUGAAGUCAACGGUUACACCUGUGUCUGUUUGGAUGGUUUUGAGGGUACACUGUGUGACACAAACACUGACGAAUGCGCCAGCAAUCCAUGUCAAAACGACGCAACUUGUCAAGAUGAAGUCAACGGUUACACCUGUGUCUGUGUAGAUGGUUUUGAGGGUACACUGUGUGACACGGACACUGAUGAAUGUGCCAGCAAUCCAUGUCAAAAUGACGCCACUUGUCAAGAUGACGUCAAUGGUUAUACUUGUAUCUGUGUUGAUGGUUUUGAGGGUACACUAUGUGACACGAACACUGAUGAAUGCGCCAGCAAUCCAUGUCAAAACGACGCAACUUGUCAAGAUGAAGUCAACGGUUACACCUGUGUCUGUGUAGAUGGUUUUGAGGGUACACUGUGUGACACGGACACUGAUGAAUGUGCCAGCAAUCCAUGUCAAAACGACGCAACUUGUCAAGAUGAAGUCAACAGUUACACCUGUGUCUGUGUGGAUGGUUUUGAGGGUACACUGUGUGACACAAACACUGAUGAAUGCGCCAGCAAUCCAUGUCAAAACGACGCAACUUGUCAAGAUGAAGUCAACGGUUACACCUGUGUCUGUGAAGAUGGUUUUGAGGGUACACUGUGUGACACAAACACUGAUGAAUGCGCCAGCAAUCCAUGUCAAAACGACGCCACAUGUCAAGAUGAAGUCAACGGUUACACCUGUGUCUGUGUGGAUGGUUUUGAGGGUACACUGUGUGACACAAACACUGAUGAAUGUGCCAGCAAUCCAUGUCAAAACGACGCAACUUGUCAAGAUGAAGUCAACAGUUACACCUGUGUCUGUGUGGAUGGUUUUGAGGGUACACUGUGUGACACAAACACUGAUGAAUGCGCCAGCAAUCCAUGUCAAAACGACGCAACUUGUCAAGAUGAAGUCAACGGUUACACCUGUGUCUGUGAAGAUGGUUUUGAGGGUACACUGUGUGACACAAACACUGAUGAAUGCGCCAGCAAUCCAUGUCAAAACGACGCCACAUGUCAAGAUGAAGUCAACGGUUACACCUGUGUCUGUGUGGAUGGUUUUGAGGGUACACUGUGUGACACAAACACUGAUGAAUGCGCCAGCAACCCAUGUCAAAACGACGCCACUUGUCAAGAUGAAGUCAACGGUUACACCUGUGUCUGUGUGGAUGGUUUUGAGGGUACACUGUGUGACACAAACACUGAUGAAUGCGCCAGCAAUCCAUGUCAAAACGACGCAACUUGUCAAGAUGAAGUCAACGGUUACACCUGUGUCUGUUUGGAUGGUUUUGAGGGUACACUGUGUGACACAAACACUGAUGAGUGCGCCAGCAAUCCAUGUCAGAACGACGCCACAUGUCAAGAUGAAGUCAACGGUUACACCUGUGUCUGUGUGCAUGGUUUUGAGGGUACACUGUGUGACACAAACACUUAUGAAUGCGCCAGCACUCCAUGUCAAAAUGACGCCACUUGUCAAGAUGACGUCAAUGGUUACACCUGUGUCUGUGUGGAUGGUUUUGAGGGUAUACUGUGUGAGACAAAUACUGAUGAGUGCGUCAGUAAUCCAUGUCAAAACGACGCCACUUGUCAAGAUGAAGUCAACGGUUACACCUGUGUCUGUGCAGAUGGUUUUGAGGGUACACUGUGUGACACAAACACUGAUGAAUGCGCCAGCAAUCCAUGUCAAAACGACGCCACAUGUCAAGAUGAAGUCAACGGUUACACCUGUGUCUGUGUGGAUGGUUUUGAGGGUACACUAUGUGACACAAACACUGAUGAAUGUGCCAGCAAUCCAUGUCAAAACGACGCAACUUGUCAAGAUGACGUCAAUGGUUACACUUGUAUCUGUGUUGAUGGUUUUGAGGGUACACUAUGUGACACGAACACUGAUGAAUGCGCCAGCAAUCCAUGUCAAAAUGACGCCACUUGUCAAGAUGACGUCAAUGGUUACACUUGUAUCUGUGUUGAUGGUUUUGAGGGUACACUAUGUGACACGAACACUGAUGAAUGCGCCAGCAAUCCAUGUCAAAACGACGCAACUUGUCAAGAUGAAGUCAACGGUUACACCUGUGUCUGUGUGGAUGGUUUUGAGGGUACACCGUGUGACACGAACACUGAUGAAUGCGCCAGCAACCCAUGUCAAAACGACGCAACUUGUCAAGAUGAAGUCAACGGUUACACCUGUGUUUGUGAAGAUGGUUUUGAGGGUACACUGUGUGACACAAACACUGAUGAAUGCGCCAGCAAUCCAUGUCAAAACGACGCCACAUGUCAAGAUGAAGUCAACGGUUACACCUGUGUUUGUGUAGAUGGUUUUGAGGGUACACUGUGUGACACGGACACUGAUGAAUGUGCCAGCAAUCCAUGUCAAAAUGACGCCACUUGUCAAGAUGACGUCGAUGGUUACACCUGUGUCUGUGUUGAUGGUUUUGAGGGUACACUAUGUGACACAAACACUGAUGAAUGCACCAGCAAUCCAUGUCAAAACGACGCCACAUGUCAAGAUAAAAUCAACGGUUUCACCUGUGUCUGUGUGGAUGGUUUUGAGGGUACACUGUGUGACACAAACACUGAUGAAUGCGCCAGCACUCCAUGUCACAAUGAUGCAACUUGUCAAGAUGAAGUCAACGGUUACACCUGUGUCUGUGUAGAUGGAUUUGAGGGUACACUGUGUGACACAAACACUGAUGAAUGCGCCAGCAACCCAUGUCAAAACGACGCAACUUGUCAAGAUGAAGUCAACGGUUACACCUGUGUCUGUGUGGAUGGUUUUGAGGGUACAUUGUGUGACACAAACACUGAUCAAUGCGCCAGCAACCCAUGUCAAAACGACGCCACUUGUCAAGAUGAAGUCAACGGUUACACCUGUGUCUGUGUAGAUGGAUUUGAGGGUACACUGUGUGACACAAACACUGAUGAAUGUGCCAGCAAUCUAUGUCAAAACGACGCCUCCUGUCAAGAUGGAGUCAACGGUUAUACAUGUAUCUGUCCAGCCGAAUUCGAAGGUGUUUUUUGUCAAAACUACAUCACCAAAGCUACAACUGUUACUGCCACGACUGAAAAGUCAUCAACUACACUUGACGUAACAAGCGCAGAAGUCACAAUAACGCCAGGACCAAUUACUGUCGAAAUGGAGACCUCGAGUGGAACAACUCUUGGCACCAGGACGUCACAAUCUUUCACAUCCGUCAAGCCAACAGACUCCGACUGGACAACUGCACAUGCAAAUACCAAACAGACUACAAGUUCUUUUAUCGCAACAACCCAAGAGCAAGAUGAGCCCGGUUCGACAACGCAAGUCACUUUUACUCUCAUCAGCACAAGUGAGAUUCCACUCACAGCCAGUCUUAUUCCUACGAUUACCACAGGCAAGGAAACCCCCACAAGUGAUGGUUUAGUUACCCAGGAACUGACCACCUCACACUCAUCAGCUACUGACUCUACAUCGAUGAACACAGAGCCUGUGACAUCAAGCCUUACACAGCCGACCAGCGCUCUUGGUUUGACUACUGAAGGAUCACUGGACGUAACUGCAGUAAUGACCACAUCCCAGUAUAUCACAACUGGAGUCAAUCCGAUCGAAACGGAAGAAGCAACUGUGUCAGAAAUCCCAACACAAACACUUCCCGGGCUUACAACCCAAGAACCGGAGGCCACCUCUCAUGUCAUCCUCGAUCCAGUCACAACUGCUCAAUACGAAGCUAUCACCGAACAGACAAAUGCGGGUCCGGAAACAGGUGCCGUAACACUUAGUCCAAGUCAAACAGCCCAAGAAUAUGUUACUUCAUUACAGACUACAGUUCAACCUGUCACCUCUGCUACUAGCACGGUCACAACAGCCCAACAUGUGGUUAUCACAGAACAGACAUCAACAACCGGCACAACUCCCAGUCCAUUUCCGACUACUAACGAAUCAAGUACUUCACCAGUGAUUACUUUCCAACCUGUCACUUCUGCUACUGACGCAGUUACAACAGCCCAAUAUGUGGCUAUCACAGAUCAGACAGUUGCUAAUCCAGCAACAACCGGUCCAACUCUCGGUCCAUUUCCAACUACUGAAGAAUCAGGUACUUCAUCUGUGACUUACACGUCAAGCCUUACACAGCCGACCAGCGCUCUUGGUUUGACCACUGAAGGAUCACUGGACGUAACUGCAGUAAUGACCACAUCCCAGUAUAUCACAACUGGAGUCAAUCAGAUCGAAACGGAAGAAGCAACUGUGUCAGGAAUCCCAACACAAACACUUCCCGGGCUUACAACCCAAGAACCGGAGGCCACCUCUCAUGUCAUCCUCGAUCCAGUCACAACCACUCAAUAUGUAGCUAUCACCGAAUUGACAGAUGCAGGUCCGGAAACAGGUGCCGUAACACUUAGUCCAAGUCAAACAGCCCAAGAAUAUGUUACUUCAGUUCAACCUGUCACUUCUGCUACUAGCACGGUCACAACAGCCCAACAUGUGGUUAUCACAGAACAGACAUCAACAACCGGCGCAACUCCCGGUCCCUUUCCGACUACUAAUGAUUCAAGUACUUCACCAGUGAAUACUUUCCACUCUGUCACUUCUACUAAUGACGCAGUUACAACAGCCCAAAAUGUGGCUAACACAGAUAAGACAGUUGCUAAUCCAGCAACAACCGGUCCAACUCCCGGUCCAUUUCUGACUACUGAAGAAUCGGGUACUUCAUCUGUGACUUUCCAAGCUGGCACUUCUGCUACUGACGCGGCUACAGCAGAGUCGGCGACUUCAGCAGGAGACCAAACCCAGGCAACAGUCUAUAGCUCAACAGCGGUCACAUCAUCCUCUCCAUUGAAAAGCACAUCCAAACCAGUAAUAACUGAUCUUAGCGGAAUGACCACAGAACCAUCGUCACCUUUACUCACAACUGCAAUAGAGGCGUGCGCAAGUCUGCCAUGCCAAAAUGGCGGCACCUGUCGCGAUGUCGUAGAUGGGUACGAGUGUACUUGUCCCACAGGAUACCUCGGUUCUGACUGCGAUCUUUUAGACCUCUGCAUCCCACCACCGUGUAUGAAUGGCGCGACGUGCUCCGUGGAUUCCCGCCAAAACUUCACCUGUGCAUGCGCACAGGGUUACGAGGGCGCCCUGUGCGCGGACGACAUCGACGAAUGCGAACAUGAAGAAACCGUUUGCCCAGAGAGAAGUGCGUGUGUAAACACUGCUGGGAGCUACGCAUGCGUGUGUGUCUCCGGGUUCAAAGGUGAAGAGUGUUCUGAGACUGAUUUCUGUGUGGAUGGUCCCUGCCUUAACAACGCAACGUGUGUCUCUGAACUGGAAAAUUUCAGUUGCACGUGCGCAGACGAUUAUACUGGGACUCACUGUGAGACACAAACCGAGAAUGCGUGUCAGCCAUCACCUUGUUUGAACGGUGGAGAGUGUGUAUUAGAAUCAGAAGGUGAUGAGCAGUACCAAUGCCUAUGCAACCAACAGUUCCACGGACAAAACUGCGAAAUUGACACUGAGGUGUUCUCUAGCGAAAUGUACGUUGAGGGCGCUAGCAUGGACACAGAAACCUUCCAAACCGAGACAGCAACCCUGAUCAAAAGCUCCAUGGAUGAAGAGGUUGGCCCGUACACGACGGUAGAGGUCGCUGUUGUGUCCACCGGAGAAUUCGAAUCCACAGAAACAGGGGAGCCUGUUACGCUGGUAACCUACGUCGUCCUGGUGAACGGCUCCGCAUUGAUGCCUGCUGAAGUCACUGAGCUGAUGGAAGGAAUGAACGAUGACGUCAUCAGUGACAUCAUCUCUUAUAACCCAUUCACUGGCGAAGUCUCGGCAAGAUCGGGAAUGUCGUGGGAACAGCAAUAUUGGUAUGUUAUCGUGAUCAGUGUAGCUGCUGGAGUAACAGCCGUGCUAGUUUUAGGCUACUUUGUGUCUCGAGCAUACAAGGCCAAGAAGCAAAAGCAGAAGGUUCACAACAUGGAUGACUACGAGAUUGGUGACCAGGCAAAGGAGGAACAGACGGGGGAUAAUCUAGGCUAUCAACCCGAUAACUUGGAUCAAUCAACCGUUUAAACGACUCAGGUGACAAUUUGAAACGACAUAAUGGAGUCAUGUGGCGUUUUUAGAAAAACAGUGGCAUGGGCUAUAUACUCUGCCUGCCCAGCCCACCCAACCUCUAAAAGAUUCUUUUUCUUUCUUUAAAAAAGCUUCCAUAUGUUUUCUAUCAUUUAAUCAUCAAUGCAUGUUUGUUAUUUUAAAAACGUGGGUUCCAUUUAUCACUUUAUUCUGGGCUGAUGACGUCACAGCAUCUGCGAUGUGAUUGUCAUGGAUUUUGAGGGUGAUGAUUGAAAUAUGAAUUUGUAUAUAGUUUUGUAUAUAUUAAAUCAUACGUCCUCAUUCAUUCUUUUAUUGAAACGUUAAGUAUUAGAUGCUUUCUCGAUACUGACAGAACCGCAUUCACAAAUGUGUCGGGGGG